ACAUUUUCUCUCUCGGGCAGAAAAAUCAACCAAGACCACCAAUAACACGGUCCACACAGUACCAGCAACUCUCUCUCUCUCUCUCUCUCUCUCUCAUAAAACCCUAACCUUCUGAAAUCUCAUUCUGUUCUCUAAAAUCGAUCAUGGCGUUCUCUGCAAUUUUGCAUUUGUCGUCCUCAUCAGCAUUUACUCUGUCUCUCGGAACUUAUCGGCCUUCCCGCUCUCAAAGUGCUUGCUUAUCAAAACCCCUCAUAGUUAAGGCUUCGACUUUUCUGGAUUGCGCAAAGGCAUCAACUUCUGUGAAGACGGAUAAUUGGCAAUGGAAAUUCAAGGAUACUUAUGUCAACAUUUAUUAUGAGGAACAUGAGAAGGAGAGUACUGGUCCUACUAAGAAUAUUCUUAUGAUACCAACAAUUUCUGAUGUUAGUACUGUGGAAGAAUGGAGAUCAGUGGCUAAAGACAUUAUUCAACGAGUUGGUAAAGUGAAUUGGCGGGCUACUAUUGUUGAUUGGCCUGGUUUGGGUUACUCUGAUAGGCCAAGGCUAGAUUACAAUGCUGAUGUCAUGGAGAAAUUCCUGGUUGACUUCAUGAAUGCACCGAAUGGUCCAAUAAGCUCCUCGGAUAAUGAUUUGGUGGUCUUUGGAGGAGGGCAUGCUGCCACAAUAACAGUUCGUGCUGCAAAAAAGGGUUUAGUGAAGCCAACUGCCAUUGCUGCUGUUGCACCCACCUGGGCUGGUCCCCUCCCUAUUGUGUUUGGUCGAGAUUCCAACAUGGAAUCAAGGUAUGGACUGCUUAGGGGAACCUUAAGGGCUCCUGCUGUAGGAUGGAUGAUGUACAAUGUGCUCGUCAGCAAUCAGAAUGCAAUCCAAUCGCAGUACAAGUCUCAUGUUUAUGCAAAUCCUGAAAAUGUGACCCCCGACAUUGUUGAAAGCAGAUAUGCUCUUACAAAACAGAAAGGUGCCCGUUAUGUGCCUGCUGCUUUUUUGACUGGUCUACUGGACCCUGUGAAAUCCCGAGAGGAGUUUGUUGAACUUUUUGCAGGAUUAGAAGGGAGAAUACCAGUUCUCAUUGUGUCUACAGCAGGUUCUCCCAAGAGAUCAAAAGCAGAGAUGGAAGCUCUUAGGGAAGUGAAAGGGGUGAGCAAGUUUGUUGAGGUCCCAGGUGCCCUCCUUCCGCAGGAAGAGUAUCCAAAUGUGGUUGCAGAGGAGCUAUACAGGUUCUUGCAUGAGAAUUUUGAGUUGAAGGCAUAAAAAAGAUUUAUGGUGAUCUUAAGUUAUAGUUGUCAAGGGGCAGAGGUAAAUGAUUCUUACUGGCAUUGAACUCUUUACUUUUCCCCCUAAUAUGUUAUAAGUCUGUCACUAAGGCUCUAUUUGGACUGCUGAUAGUUUUGUUGAUUAAAUUAUGUAGGAGAAUAUGCAUAUUCAUUUAUACGGUUAACUCUCCUAUUUGUUUAAAAUUCAAAAGAUAAUAAAAUAAAUUCACUAAUCUAUUGAAAUCAUUGUGUA